AUGACUUCGCACCUCAUCUCAACAGCCAUGAUGCCUCAGGUUGCUGGCGAGAACCAGGCAAGAAUGGUACCUCCCUUGGCCAAUAACUCCGGGCGCUCUCCAAAGCCUCACGUCAUGGACAUUCUUAACAGCAUCGUUACCAUGGGUCGUCUUGUGCAAACUGUGCAUGACCAGGUUCUUGCUCAUGACGCCUUCCUCACCUCCAGUGCGGAGAAAUUUGAGAAAGCAUACUUUGCCGAAUAUUAUAAAUUACUGCAAUCAUCUGCCACAAAUAACGCCAUGGGCCGAGACAUUGAGGAUCUUCGUCGAGAGAAUGCCAAGUACAAAAACCUCGAAGGGCAUUCACAGCGAUUGAAAGAUGAUCUACUCGCAUGCCAAGCGAGAUAUCGAGAGCUCGACGAUUUGAACAUCCGGAUCGAGAAGGAGAACAAAAAACUCAUGGAUGUCAAUGCAGAAAUGGGAAAAAUGGUUGUUGGCCUCCGAGCUCAGGUUUUAAGCUUGGAAGCUAAGCUCGACGAAGUUGGAUAUCAGCCAUUGAGUGCCGAUAAUGGCCAGGAAAUAACUGCACAAACGCAGGCUGAUGUCAAGGACGAGAGUGAUCUCUCUAGCAUCAGUCCUCCAAACGUACAACUGCCAGAGUCACUUCCACCAUCUCUGAAAAGGAAGCACAGCGCGCUUGAAGAUGACGAUGAAGUUGACUCUGGGCAAGAACAGCGAAAGGCCCGGCGGCGCAAGUAG